ACGCAUUUCAGGCUCAGGAGCGACCGGUGCGUCGAGCAUUACUUGUUUCCUUACUUCAUCGUGUGGAUGAUAUUGUUUGUAGGAAGGAAUGAUGGACAUCUUACGCCAGCCACUUUCCUCAAGUUUGCUCAACUUCAGGCCUUAUUCGAUACUGUCGAAGCAAUCAAGUCCUAUGAACUCGAACAACACACUGCGUCUUUGCUCGUUAAAAUCAUAGAGGAGAAAGGCUGGGCGAGCGACAUCGACCUCAUAGAAGGUGGACACAUAAAUAUCCUGUUUACAGAUGAGGAAGAAAGGGACGCGCACAAGGGCUAUGACUUAGCCCGCCAAGCGCGGUUCAAUCUAGAUGGUGUAGAAUGGCUUCCACAGGAGAAAGUCGAGGCAGAAUACGGAGUCCCUUAGCCAGGAUUACGCGAAUCAGGCCACAAUGUCUGGCUGCUGAAACUCGUCACGAAGUUGUACCAACAUGCUCAAGCACACGCUGGGAAAUACGCCUCCCUCAGCUUGCACACUCGGACACCGGGCGGGUGAUAACGUCUACCAUACCUCUACCAUAUGUGUACGGCCGUCUACCAUAUACGGUACGGUGUACAGCCCUACCCCAGAGCCAGUGUAACAUAUGAUGCCGUUCGCUUCAAGCACAUAGCGGUGAUGUGGCGUACAGCACAAUUCUGGCAGAUGGUUAUAAUUGGUUGAUAAGAC